UCUCUCUCUCUUUAGCGAGUGGUUUGAAUUCUCAGUCGUCGGGCCAUCUUCAUCAGUGCCAGAAGGUGUUUGGAUGCCCGACUUCAUCCACUUGCUGUUCUUCGUCAUCGCAGUCGUCUUAGCGAUCAUAGCGAGCAGGAGGACGAUGGUAUCGCCUUUAACAACGCUGGUGGUCGUCUGCCUCGUCACUGGGAUCGUCCUCCUGGCGGCGAGGAACAAGAACAUGAGGGUCACUUUAGACCAAGAGCGGAACAUAUCGGCCGCCGCUCUAGAAGACAAAUCGAUUCAGCUGGUGGACUGUGGCAAAGAGCUUGAGAAAAAGAAGUCAGAGGUUGGCGGCUUAGAAUCGCAGAUUAAAACGCUUUCGGCAGAGAAAGUGAGUCUGACUGGCGAGGUUGACAAAAUGAGAGCUGAAGUUGCCAAGAACAGUGACCUAUCUGCAAAUGUUGAGCAACUCCGCGGGGCCAUCGCAGCUGCCAAACAAGAGAGUGAGAGGCUGCAGGCGGACGCCAACGAUGCCAAGCAGAAGAUCGAGAGACUCGAGGCCGAGAAGGCCUCCCUCCAGGUGACGGUGGGCGACCUGCAGAAGAGGGUCGAAGCCGCUGAUAUGGCCAAGAACUCUGCAGAGCAGGCUGCCAGGUCAGCGGCUGAUGCAGCCGCUAAGGCUGCCGAAGUGGCCAAGAUGCAUGCAGCCGAGGCUGCAGCCGUUGCUGCUCCCAAGGAAGAGCCUAAGAAGGAAGCAGCAAACGUUCCAGCUGCCGCCCCAGCGGCUUAGUCUAGUUUGAUGUCAGCUGGAGUCUUAGCUGUAGUGGUACAUCCCUUGGCUGACAAAAGUGUCUUUAUAUAAUGCAUUUGAUGUCAGCAUUCCUUAGUCGUAGUGGUUAAUCUUGUAUAAAGAAAGUGUCUUUAUAUAAAGUCUCUGAUGUCAGCAUUCCUUAGUUGUAGUGGUCCAUCUUGUCUAAAGAAAGUAUCUUUAUAUAAAGGCUCUGAUGUCAUCAUCCCUUAAUUGUAGUGUUCCAUCUUGUCUAAAGAAAGUGUCUUUAUAUAAAGGCUCUGAUGCUAGCAUUCAUUAGUUGUAUUGGUCCAUCCUUUGGCUGACAAAAGUGUCUAUAUAUAAAGGCUCUGAUGCCAGCAUUCCUUAGUUGUAGUGCUCCAUCCCUUGGCUGACAAAAGUGUCUUUAUAUAAAGCAUCUGAUGUCAGCAUUCUAUAGUUGUAGUGGUCCAUCUUGUCCAAAGAAAGUGUCUUUAUAGCAUCUGAUAUCAGCAUUCCUCAAUUGUAGUAGUCUAUCUACUGUCUAAAGAAAGUGUCUUUAUAUAAAGUCUCUGAUGCCAACAUCCCUUAGACAAUUAUCUUGGUCCAUCUUGUCCAAAGAAAGUGUCUUUAUAUAAAGCAUCUGAUGUCAGCAUUCCUUAGUUGUAUUAGUCCAUCCCUUGUCUAAAGAAAGUGUCUUUAUAUAAAGGCUCUGAUGCCAGCAUUCCUUAGUUGUAUUGGUCCAUCUUGUCUAAAGAAAGUGUCUAUAUAUAAAGCAUGUGAUAUCAGCAUCCCUCAAUUGUAGUGGUCUAUCUGUUGUCUAAAGAAAGUGUCUUUAUAUAAAGUCUCUGAUGUCCAACAUCCCUUAGACAAUUAUCUUGGUCCAUCUUGUCUAAAAAAAGUGUCUUUAUAUAAAGUCUCUGAUAUCAGCACCCCUUAGUUAUUGUGGUCCAUCUUGUCUAAAAAAAAAAAGUGUCUUUAUGUAAAGUCUCUAAUGUCAGCAUCCCUUAGUUGUAGUGGUGCAUCUGCUGUCUAAAGAAAGUGUCUUUAUAUAAAGUAUCUGAUAUCAUCAUUCCUUAAUUGUAGUGUUCCACCUUGUCUAAAGAAAGUGUCUUUAUAUAAAGGCUCUGAUGUCAGCAUUCCUUAGUUGUAUUGGUCCAUCCCUUGUCCAAAGAAAGUGUCUUUAUUUAAAGGCUCUGAUGUCAGCAUUCCUUAGUUGUAUUGGUCCAUCCCUUGUCCAAAGAAAGUGUCUUUAUAUAAAGGCUCUGAUGUCAGCAUUCCUUAGUUGUAUUGGUCCAUCCCUUGUCCAAAGAAAGUGUCUUUAUAUAAAGGCUCUGAUGCCAGCAUUCCUUAGUUGUAUUGGUCCAUCCCUUGGCUGACAAAAGUGUCUUUAAAUAAAGCAUCUGAUAUCAGCAUCCCCUAGUUGUACGUCCAUCUUGUCUAAAGAAAGUGUCUUUAUAUAAAGUCUCUGAUGUCAUUUGCCAUAAGUCUACCUGAGGAUAUCGUGUGACUUGAACCUCAAGAGUUCAAUUCUCCUUGUAUUUAAAAAAAAUAUAUACUUUCGUUUUUA